UCGUCUUUUCAUCCAAAUCUUCUCAGUUGUCUUCACCUCUCUGUUUUAGGGUUUACGCGGAACUGGUAUCAAUCUCGUUUCAUUCUCAUUUUCCUGAACAAUCUGAACCUGCACUGUGUUUCCUGAAGAUCGGGGAGUCAGAAGCAUGGCCGACGUCAUUUGCCAAUGGGUAAUUAACUCCUUAUUUAUCCCCAUUUGCAGGGUGGCAUUAGCUGACAAUCUAUGCACUCGCCAGCGAGAUCAUUUGUUUCACAGAUUAACUCAGGUUGUGGAUGGAUACUGAAGCCGGACAGCCAAAACAAGAGCGCUCAAGAACAAGGUGGACGGCAUCCCUUGAUAGGAUAUUUGCAGACUUGGUAGUGAAGCAAAUUCAAUUGGGAAACAGACCAAACAAUGUUUUUGAUAAGAAAACCUGGAAUAACAUACGUGAUGAAUUCAACCAGCAAACAGAUCUCAGCUUCAAUAAUAAUCAGUUGAGAAAGCACCUGGACGUUCUGCGAACACGCUUCUAUAACCUGAAAUCAGCUUAUGAUCAAAAUGACUUUGCAGGCAUGGAGGACUCCUGUUGCAUCGGGUUUGAUCUGUGGGAAGAUACUGGGGUACAUUUCCUUUUCAGCUUGUUGAAUGCUUGUUUGGACAUUUUUAUAGUGUGUUCCAAAAUAUUGUUUUUGCAGGCACAGCCUAGGCCUGAGCCAGUCAAAAUCAAAGACUGCCCCAUAUAUGAGCAACUAUGCACAAUAUUCACUGAUUCAUCUGCUGAUGGGAAAUAUGCCCAAUCAAGUCACUUUGAGGGAUUGGAUAAAGCUGUUGCAAAUGAUACCGGAGGCUUAACUUCAUGUCCAGAGGGAGGGUCUUCACAACCUGAUAAUCCAUCAACCUCAAAAUUAGCACAAAACAACCCAUUGUCAGAAAAGUUAACUAAGAGUAUUGCAGAGAGAAAAAGAAAACGACCAUCUGAGACACCAUCUUCUUUGGAACAGAGCAGAAAGGAUGAAGAAAUGUCUGAGGCUAUGGCAGGAGCCAUGUUAGAUAUGGUUGCUGCUUGGAGGUCAAGGAGGACCAAUGCCACAAAACGGAGUGAUGACAAAUUUAGCAUAACUAAUUGCGUUAAAGCAUUGGAUGAGAUAGAGGACAUCGAAGAUUGGCUCUAUUUUGCAGCUCUAGACCUCUUUGAAGACUCCAGUUUAAGAGAAACCUUUAUCUCUCUAAAAGCUGGGAAGAUUAGGUUGACAUGGUUGCAAGGGAAGUGUGGCAAACCCGGGACGCCCCCUGUCUAAGUUAGAGGCUGAAUCUUUGGCUUUUUUGAAAGUGUAAAGAUCUUUUAUACAAUUGUUCACUUGUAAGGAGCUAGUUUGUUCAUACAUUGGCUACAUAGUACAUAUUGAUAGAUUAGAUGUUCUAAUUAUGGCA